AUGGUCGACAGCCGGGCCUACCCGAACCUCGCGGCGGAUCUCCCGAGCCGGUCAUCAGCUCCGACAGCGACGCCCAGUAGCCAUGCCGAGUCUGUGGCAGAGGCUACGUUGGAAUUUCGACGGAAGUGCGAUGCGCGAAGGCAGAGCGAGGAGCGGCGGAUGAAGGAGAUGGAGGAGUCGCCGGAUUGGCAGGCCCAACUGCGGGCGGCCGAGGUGGAGGAGCAGCAGCUGUGGGAAAACUCAGGGUACCCACCCACGCCGAGGUAUGCGGCCGAGGGGUCACCGCAGUGGACGCCAGCACGACCACCCACGCCGAGGUUCGAGCAGCCACCACCGCAGCAGCAGCCCGAACGCGAGCGACGCCAGCAGCACGAGACCGAUCCGACGCAGCAACAACACAUCCGGACGGACAUACCGGCGGCCCACGUGAGCCACAGCACCCGGACGUUCGUGGCCGAAGGGGUAAGGUGGCGGCAGCAGACGGUUGUCUGGACCUGGCCGGAGGGUCCCGCGGAGGAGACGGCGGCGACGGAGGAGCCCCGAAUCUGGGAGGAGAGUGGUCCCCGGGUGAGCCCGCUGGAUCCCAGGACCGGCGGCAGACCGGAGCAUUGGGCCCCACCGACACCGAGCACCGGACCGACGACGCCAAGGACAGGGCCAUCGACGCCAAUGCCAACAGGGACCGCGACGGUAACCGCGGAGCCGGAUGAGCCGCUGGAGCGAGGACCCUGGGUGUCGCCCGAGCCCGUGGAAGGUGGCCGACCUCCGCUCAAGCGGCAGCCCUCGGCGCCCAAAGUGUCCGAGGUGGUGGCACGGCCGAAAUUGUCGCGGACGGUGUCGGCGCCGGAGGGCCAGCGAUGGCGAGAGAUCGCGGAGCACGAAUGCCCCGAAGGGAUCGCGGAGGCACCGGCGGUGAAGGAGGCUCGCAUCCUGGGCGGUAGGCGCAGCGUGCGCGUAUAG